UGCUGAGGAGAAGCUUCACUCACAUCCGUUCGGACCCUCCAGCAGUGAAGCAAACAUGAAUGGAACGGAAGGUCCGAACUUCUACGUGCCCAUGUCCAACAAGACGGGUUUGGUGCGGAGCCCGUUUGAGGAGCCGCAGUAUUACCUGGCAGAACCCUGGAAGUACUCUCUGCUGGCGGCGUACAUGCUGUUCCUCAUCAUCACGUCCUUCCCCGUCAACUCCCUCACGCUCGUCACCGUGCAGCACAAGCGCUGCGCGCGCCCGCUCAACUACAUCCUGCUGAACCUGGCCGUGGCCGACCUGUUCAUGGUGGUAGGUGGCUUCACCGUCACCCUCUACACCGCACUGCACGGAUACUUCGUCCUGGGGGUCACCGGCUGCAACAUCGAAGGCUUCUUCGCCACCAUGGGCGGAGAGAUCGCGCUGUGGUCUCUGGUGGUUUUGGCUAUCGAGCGUUAUAUUGUGGUGUGUAAGCCAAUGACAACGUUUCGUUCGGGAGAGAAGCACGCCAUCGUGGGAGUGGGCUUCACCUGGGUCAUGGCCCUCACCUGCUGCGUGCCGCCUCUGCUGGGCUGGUCCAGAUAUAUUCCAGAGGGAAUGCAGUGCUCCUGUGGAAUAGAUUACUACACUCCCAAACCUGAGAUCAACAACGCCUCGUUUGUCAUCUACAUGUUCAUCCUGCACUUCUCCAUCCCACUGCUCAUCAUCUUCUUCUGCUACAGUCGGCUCCUCUGCACUGUCCGUGAGGCCGCUGCUCAGCAGCAGGAAUCAGAGACGACGCAGAGGGCCGAACGGGAAGUGACGCGCAUGGUGGUUGUCAUGGUGGUCGCAUUCUUAGUGUGCUGGGUGCCAUAUGCCAGUGUGGCCUGGUACAUCUUUGUUAAUCAGGGGGCGGAGUUUGGUCCUGUAGUCAUGACGAUACCUGCUUUCUUUGCAAAGAGUGCUGCGCUUUACAACCCUGUCAUCUACAUCAUACUCAACAGACAGUUCAGGAACUGCAUGCUCACUACAGUCUGCUGUGGAAAGAACCCGUUUGGUGAGGAGGAGACCAGCGUGACGGCCUCCAGCAAGACUCAGUCCUCGGUGGUCUCGACCAGUCAGGUGGCUCCUGCCUGACCGACCCAGCAGCCUCCUACAGGCCAAAUAUAUCUACUCGGCUUCCGCUCGUCCAGCCGACUACUACACUCACUUCUUACAUGUGUCAACCAGAUCUCUAGUACUUCAAUGUGAUUGUGUAUUUACAGGGAAAUACUUGAUGUGUUUUAGUAAUUUGUGGAUUUAUCUCAACAGCUGCUCCAUUGGUUCCGCCUGAUACUCCAGCUGUUAGAUGAAGUUUUUUUUAGCUAUGGUCAGUUAAAAUGUAAAGUUCUGAUUUAACCUUUUGUAGGUUUAUGAUUUGUUUCUUUAUAAAGUUUGAUGUGGACAAGGCUGAAGCCAGAAGAGACCUCAGGAGAUCACAACACACCCAGCCGAACAAUUCUCUGAAUGUUUAGAUGUAAAUGUGAAUUAUGACUGAAUAUGUUGUGGAAAGAUGGGAAUUUGCCUGCAGAUUACUAAAAUGUAGAGGCAAAGCAAAA